UCUGUGGGGCGCGGCGGCAUCGACGGCGUAAGAGAUUGAAAGCAACGAUCUCGAGGCUGCCCAAUGGGGCGCCACAUACGAAUCCUCCUCCUCGCGGCGGCAGCCCAGCCGGUCCUCGCAUUUCCGGAGCACUUCGGGCUGCUUCUCGUAGUAUUUUUCGGAUCGAUCGUCUUAGUCGCGGCAUCAAUCGGGGCGUCCUGUAUCUCUUUGGGGUGCCACAAAGCGCGGGGCCAGUGCAAGAUCGCCGUGACCGCGUGCGCCCUCGUGAACGUCUUGUUCAUCGUGCCUUGGACGGUGUGGGUGGCGAUUGCGUGUACGACGGUCGGGUGGGGUGAGAUCUGGUAUUACUUCGUCAUCAACGCCCUUGUCGCCGGGCUUGCCGUCGCCGUGGCGGGCCACCUCAUACUGCGGGCGCGCGCGCCGGACGAGCCCCUGCCGACGCACGUCAGCGUCACGAUCCCGUCGGGCGCCGUGCCGGGGCAGACGCUCACGGUCGCGGCGGCCGGGCAAUUCGUCCAGUUCGUCGUGCCCGCCGGCCGCGAGGCCGGCACGACCAUCCAGGUGCCGGUGAGCACCAAAGAGACCGCCUGA